GAGUCUGGGUUCAAAUUUUCAACGGUACUGAAUGAGUCCCGCGGCGGGUCUUCUGCGCGUUUCUUGAUAAGAAGUACUUUCUAGACUAAGAUUUCAGAAAAGAGGUGAAAGAGUAUAUUGCAACUUUGAGUCAAGCCUGAAGACAGGUGGACUGACAGACGGAUUAAACCACAGGAGGCGACCUAUUGAGAAAAGUGACACGAACACUGGGAAAAAUCUGCUGUUCUGCAGCAAGGGUGGGGAGCAAUGUCACAAGUUACAACCUCCUAUUCCUAUGAUGCUCCAACGGACUUCAUCAAUUUUACAUCUUUGAAUGAUGAGGAAGAUACCCAAAAUGUAGAUUCCUGGUUUGAGGAGAAGGCCAAUUUGGAGAAUAAGUUUCCUGGGAAGAAUGGUACGGGAGGGCUUUUUCAGGGCAAAACUCCUCUGAGAACAGCUAAUCUUCAGCAAGAUGUCACACCUUUGAGACCAGUUGACAACACUUAUAACAAAGAGGCAGAAAAAGAAAAUCUGGUGGAAGAGUCCAUUCCACCAAAUGCUUGUUCUUCUGUGAAAGUCAAAGGAACCGCAUCAAGAAAUAUUCCAGCUCAGCCUCAGAGAAGAUCUCUUAGACUCUCUGCUCAGAAGAAUUUGGAACAGAAAGAAAAGCAUCAUGUAAAAAUGAAAGCCAAGAGAUGUGCUACUCCUGUAAUCAUCAAUGAAAUUCCACCCUCCAAAAAAAUGAAAGUUUCUCACAAUAAAAAGAAGACAGAGGAAGAGGAAGAAGGCAGUGAUCAUCAAGAUAUUUCUGAAAAGAAUGAGUCUUCCCCAGAGAAAGCCAAGGGCAGACAUACUGUAUCUCGUAUCCCACCUGUAAGGCAGAAGAUUCUAAAAACUACUGAGGAGCAAGAGUUGGAGAAGAGAAUGAAAAUGCAGCAAGAGGUGGUAGAGAUGCGGAAAAAGAAUGAAGAAUUCAAGAAAUUUGCCCUUGCAGGAGCAGGGCUCCCUGUGAAGAAAUCAGUGAGCCAGGUAACCAAAUCAGUUGACUUCCACUUCCGCACAGAUGAGCGAAUCAAACAACAGCCUAAGAACCAGGAGGAGUAUAAGGAAGUGAAUUUUACAUCUGAACUGCGAAAGCAUCCUCCAUCUCCUGCCCGAGUGACUAAGGGAUGCACCAUUGUUAUGCCUUUCAACCUGUCUCAGGGAAAGAAAAGAACAUUUGAUGAGACGGCUUCUACUUAUGUACCCCUUGCACAGCAGGUUGAAGCCUUUCACAAACGAACCCCUAACAGAUAUCACUUGAGGAGCAAGAAGGAUGAUAUUACUCUGUUACCCUCCAAAUCUGUGGCGAAGAUAUGCAGAGACCCACAGACUCCUGUGCUGCAAACCAAACAGCGUACAAGAACUGUGACCUGCAAAAGUGCAGCGGAACAGGAGGCCGAGGAGCUCGAGAAACUGCAGCAAUACAAAUUCAAAGCACAGGAACUUGAUCCCAGAAUUCUUGAAGGUGGGCCCAUCUUACCUAAGAAACCACCUGUGAAGCCACCUACUCAGCCUAUUGGCUUUGAUUUGGAAAUUGAGAAAAGGAUCCAGGAGCGAGAGUCAAAGAAGAAAUCGGAGGAUGAACACUUUGAAUUUCAUUCCAGGCCCUGCCCUACUAAGAUCUUGGAAGAUGUUGUGGGUGUUCCUGAAAAGAAAGUACUUCCAAUCACUGUCCCCAAGUCACCAGCCUUUGCUCUGAAGAACAGAAUGAGAAUGCCCACCAAAGAAGAUGAGGAAGAGGAGGAGCCAGUAAUGAUAAGAGCUCAACCUGUGCCAUAUUUUGGAAUGCCUUUUAAGCCCCAAAUCCCAGUGGGGAGAACUGUGGAAAUAUGCCCUUUCUCUUUUGAUUCUCGAGACAAAGAACGUCAGUUACAGAAGGAGAAGAAAAUAAAAGAACUGCAGAAAGGGGAGGUGCCCAAGUUCAAGGCGCUUCCUUUGCCUCAUUUUGAAACCAUUAACCUGCCAGAGAAGAAGGUGAAGAAUGCAACCCAGGUUGAACCUUUCUGCUUUGAGACUGACAGAAGAGGUGCUUUGAAGGCACAGACUUGGAAGCACCAGCUGGAGGAAGAACUAAAACAGCAGAAAGAAGCAGCUUGCUUCAAGGCUCGUCCAAACACCGUCAUCUCCCAGGAGCCCUUUGUUCCUAAGAGAGAGAAAAAAUCCCUUACCGAGGGCCUUUCUGGUUCUCUAGUUCAGGAAACUUUUCAGCUGGCCACCGAGAAGAGAGCCAAGGAGCGUCAAGAGCUGGAGAAGAGAAUGGCUGAGGUGGAAGCCCAGAAAGCCCAGCAGUUGGAGGAGGCCAGGCAACAGGAGGAAGACCAACAGAAGGAGGAGCUGGCCAGGCUACGGAAAGAACUGAAAGGAUCUAAGAUGGCCUCCAAAGAUGCAUCAAAGAUGACUGAAAAUGAGAAGUCACAGGAACCAAGGGUGGUGACAGAGUUGAGAAGUGAAUGAGGCUAAAGAUGUGUACAUUGUGAUCCACAGAUCUGCUAAGUUUGUGCUAUAAUUUUGGCCCUUUGUGGGAACAAACCUGUCAGUUGCAAAACUCAUCAUGGUCAGGAGAUAUAAACAAGCUAGUUAUUUUAAAAAUAUAUUUAUCUUUGAUCCUGAAUUAAGUCAGAAUUUCUUCCAGGGGUCUUCAUAAGGAGAACAUCAUGUGCUAUACCAGUGCACAGUGAUACAUUUGUAGGACUCUUUUUUUUUUUUUUUUUUUUUUGAAGCUCUUUAUUGGAAUAUAAUUGCUUUACACUGUUGUGCCAGCUUUUGCUGUUGUAGGACUCUAUUUAACUUAUUUUUAUUAUUGCCUUAAGGCUUAAGGAAACCAUUGUGUUUACAAUUAGAAUACAUAGGUAGGGAAGGACAUGGGAAUUGUGUGACAGCUGUAUUUUCAUUUUCCUCUUAAUUCUUGACUCAAAUUCCUUGGAGUUACAGUGCAUAUUGGUCCAAGUGACCUUCUAUGCUAACCCUAGACAAUGAUUUAAAUAUUAGUUAUCCAAAAAGAAAGCUGAAUUCACAUUAGAGACCCUUCUAGGAGGGCAACAAGUGACAUUAACUGCGUUAAUGAGAAAGAACACAGUUUUAGAUGGAACUUCAUAUGCUUAUUAGUAAAAGGAUGAAUAUAGAAAUGCAUAAGUUGUUGAGGUUCUGUCUAAAAGUGCUAAGCCAGCUGCUGAAUCAGCUCUUGGUAGAGGUGACUGGCCACAGGGAGGCUCGAGGGACAAACUGUUAAAGGGACUAGCUUCUCGACAAAAUCCAAGCUACCAUUUGCUGAUUGGAUGCAAAAAAAAAUACAGUCCUCAGUCCGGGUAUACUCACAAAACCAGCCUCAAGUGUUUUGACUUUUCUUCAACACUUGAGUCCUACAUCUCGUGUUUGUCUCUAUCAUAGAGCUCUCUACUAAUCUGGCUUGAUUCAGGGUUGAUUUUAGACUGUCAGAGAGAUGGAUGAGAUCAUGCCUUCUCCCAGCAACCCUUCCUGGUUAUUGGUUUUUUGUUUCUUUUGGUCCAUGCUUUUGGUGAAUAUUAUGAUUCAAUAAGCUUAAGAUUGUACUCUGGCAUAUUCUUAACGUGUAUCUCCUCUCUGCUGCAAUUGAGUACAGCCGCAUUAUACCCUAGUUCUGCACAGUCAAACUGGAGGUAGGUGCAGGCUAAGGGAUCCAGCAAGACCCGAAUAGAAACCUGCUUGACCUCCUUAGCUCUUGUGCUUUGCUGCUAGACUAUGUGCCUUUUUCCCUGCCUCUUUAAAUUAGUGACUGGGAUUUGCAAAACCAUACAAAAAUGUUCUCAAGAAGAAAAACAAAAACACCCAUAAGCGUAGUUCUCUAACAUUCUUAUCAAUGGUUACUAUUUUUCUCACU